AUGAACGACAGCGACGAUGAAGAAUUCGACACACGGGCAGAGCAUCACCGACGAUCACGCGACUUUCUGAUAGACACCAAUGUUCAAGCAGGGACUGCGAUUCCGAGUGCCGAUGUUUCAGAGCGGACGGAAGCCACCAAAGGCAAGCUUGUGGCAUGGCGCUCCUUACCUCGAAAAGACCAACUGCUCGUUCUGACGCUCGCACGACUAUCUGAGCCAUUAACACAAACCUCACUGGGCUCAUACCUAUUCUACCAACUACAGUCCUUUGAUCCGUCGCUACCCGAUUCAACCAUUUCCUACCAAGCGGGCAUCAUCCAAGCUUCCUUUCCGGCAGCGCAGUUUCUUACUGCAAUACUCUGGGGCCGCUUUGCAGAUUCCGAGCAUGGCGGGAGGAAGAAGGUCAUUUACAUUGGCUUGUUAGGAACUAUGUGUAGUGUUAUCGGGUUCGGUUUCUCGCAUAGCUUCGCCAUGGCAGUGGCCUUCAGAAGCCUGGGCGGGAUCUUGAACGGCAAUAUUGGCGUAAUGCGGACGAUGAUUAGCGAGAUCGUCAAAGAGAAGAAAUACCAAAGCAGAGCUUUUAUCAUCCUGCCAAUGACGUUCAACAUCGGUGUCAUCAUUGGGCCCAUACUAGCAGGUGGUCUUCUUGCAAACCCCGUAGCGAGCUAUCCAUCCGUAUUUGGCCCUGGCUCGCGCUUGGGUGGCAAGGAAGGCGUUCAAUGGAUGAUUCACUGGCCCUAUGCACUGCCAAACCUGAUGAGUGCUGGUUUUCUGUUUUUCAGCAGCAUGACUAUUCUCUUGUUUCUCGAGGAGACGAGUGAACUUUGCAAACAUAAGCCCGAUUCCGGCCUUCGUAUCGGUCGCUGGAUCCGCCGCCAUAUUCUGCGCCAGAACAUUGCCACUGAGUCAGGAUACGCUGCUGUCCCCAGCGAUGAAUGGGCAGCCUCAUCAGACCUCGAACUGCAGCCGACACCAAUAUCCGCGAAUCCAGAAAACUCAUCUCCGUCUGAUAAACCCGGUAAAAGCUUUCGCCAAAAGCUUCCCUUCCGCCGAAUAUGGACGCGCAACCUCAUCAUCACUCUCUGCGCGCAUGGUAUCCUGGCAAUGCAAGCAGGUGGCUUUAACAGUCUGUGGUUCAUCUACCUCUCCACACCGCGCUUCGAUCCGUUGAACCCGCAUCCUCCGGGCUUCAAGCCCCACGGCUUUUUCCAUUUCACAGGCGGUCUUGCCCUACCGCCGCCGCGUAUCGGUCUCGCCCUCGCAAUCCUAGGGGUCAUUGGUAUAUCGCUGCAAAUCCUCCUGUACCCCAAACUAUCGCACAAGCUCGGGGCAGCGAAGAGCUACCGCAUUUUUCUAGCGCUAUUUCCCGUUACAUAUGCCCUGGCACCGUUUUUAAGUCGAGUGCCGAGCUGGAGCAAAGCGCCUGACGGUGUUAGCGGCCCUUACAUAUGGAUUGCUAUUACGGCUGUGUUGUCUAUUCAGGUCCUUGCGAGGACAUUUGCGCUACCUUCUGCUGCUAUCCUAAUCAACAAUGUUAGUCCGCAUCCAUCGGUGCUUGGGACGGUUCAUGGGAUUGCGCAAACUGUGGGAAGCUUGACGAGGACUUUCGGGCCGAUCAUGUUCUCUUGGGUGUUUGGUAGAGGACUAGAAAUGGGUGUUGUAGGGCUUGCGUGGUGGCUGAUGGCAGCUGUUGCCAUCUUCGGGUGUGUUAUCGCGCAAUACGUGAGGGAAGGAGAUGGGCACGAGAUUCUGAUGGAAGGAGAAGUCAAGGGAGAAGAUGGAGUUGUCAGGAGGUAA